AUGGCUGCUUUGGACGUGAAGAACACCGUUUCGCACAUGGAGAUGGACCGCGGAGGCGCGUUCGACUUCUCCAACUGUAUUCGCAAUCAGGCUAUGUGCAAAAUGGGCGGCAAGGCUCCGAAACUCACUAGCACCGGUACCACCAUUGUUGCCGUAUCGUACAAGGUAAAUUUCUAGCGGAAAAAUUGAGGGACAUGUGAAAUUUUGUGUUUUUAGGGAGGACUCGUGAUGGGAGCCGAUUCUCGUGCCACCGCCGGGAACAUCAUUGCCGAUAAGCACUGCGAGAAGGUUCACAAGCUCACCGAGUCGAUCUACGCUUGCGGCGCCGGAACUGCCGCGGAUCUCGAUCAGGUCACCAAGAUGCUUUCGGGCAAUCUCCGUCUCCUGGAGCUGAACACUGGAAGAAAGGCUCGUGUGAUCACUGCUCUUCGUCAAGCGAAGCAGCACUUGUUCAACUAUCAGGGAUACAUCGGAGCCUACUUGCUCAUCGGAGGAGUCGAUCCAACUGGCCCGCAUCUCUACAUGUGCUCCUCCAACGGAACCACCAUGGCCUUCCCGUUCACCGCUCAGGGAUCCGGAUCCUACGCCGCUAUCACCAUUCUCGAACGUGAUUUCAAGACGGACAUGACGGUAAUUUUGUCAAAACCGUAUAACUGUUCUAUGAAUUGGGUAUUUUCAGAAAGACGAGGCUGAGAAGCUGGUGCAGCGUGCUCUGGAAGCCGGUAUGCACGGAGACAACGCCUCCGGAAACAGUCUCAAUUUGGUGAUCAUCGAGCCGAACGAGACGGUCUUCAAGGGACCAAUCGUGCCGGAAUUCUGCAAGCGGCCAGAGCCCAACGACCUGGUCUACAAGUUCCAGACGGGAGCCACCAAGGUGCUCAAGCACAAGACUUACAAAUACGACGUUGUCGAGUCGAUGGACAUCAGCCAUUGA